AUGCCGCUGGCCGCUGGCCGCUGUGCUGUCGGUGUCGGCACACGAGCUACCAGUACGAUAGUGAUGGUAAAAGGCACCGAGGUCUGCAUGGCAGCGGUGCUCGGCCCGCACCCAGUCGCACAUCGAGUAUGGGCCAAGGGCGGGCUCACAUGCAAGGACCCCCAGCAUGAAGGUCAGGUCAGCGAGGGGCCCUGGUUGCCACUACUUUUGGCACAAUGUGUCCUGAGCACCGGUUCGUAG